GCAAGUACAAGCACAACAACAACAGCAACAAAAGCAACAUCAAUAACGACAGCAACAACGACAAAAGCAACAGAUCCAAAACAAGAUUACCGCCGCCACCACCACCACCUCUGGCAUGCGUUCUUUGCCCACUCCAACGAUGCUGCCCCUGUCUCAACCCAACAACAACAACAACACCAUCCUCAAAAGCCGUCGCAGACAAAGCUACAAGAAAGCUGUGAGUUUGCACCAUUCAUUCGAUGUGGAAUGUUUUGACGUUUCUUGCAAGGUGAUGUUGUUAGGAGACAGCGGAGUAGGCAAGACAUGCUUGUUGGUUCAGUUUAAAGAUGGCACCUUCCUCUCGGGGUCGUUUAUAUCAACUGUAGGGAUUGACUUCAGGAACAAAGUGGUGGACAUUGAUGGCACAAAGAUCAAACUUCAGAUCUGGGACACGGCUGGACAAGAGAGAUUCCGCAGUAUCACUCGGGGAUACUACCGUGACGCUGAUGCCUUGUUGUUGCUCUAUGAUGUCACAAACAAGACCAGCUUUGAUAACAUUCGGGCAUGGCUGACGGAGAUUAACGAAUAUGCACAGGAGGAUGUAGUCAUCAUGUUGCUAGGCAACAAAGCUGACAUGAGCGGGGACAAGAUCGUCCGACGAGAGGAUGGUGAACGGCUAGCAAGGGACCAUAAUGUAGCAUUCAUGGAAACCAGUGCAAAGACCGGAAUGAACGUAGAUCUUGCUUUUAUGGCCAUUGCCAGAGAUUUGAAAAUGAAAAAACUUCGCAAACCAGAUGAGCCUGCAUUUAACGUGGCUGAGUAUAUCCAGCAGGAGAACACAGUGAAAGUUGGUGGCUGUUGCUGAGAGAGCCACAGUCUCAUAUCUAUUGGGAUGGUGGAGAGGAAAUAUAUAUAUAUACAUAAAUAUAUAUAUACAUAUAUAUACAUAUAUAUAUAUAAACAGCUUGGGAAGUGCUGUCCUGGAUUGUUCUACCAGUCUUCUGUUCUAUCGGGUGUUUAUUCUACCAGUGUUCGAUUCUACCACAUAUGUGUUCUACCA